GUGGAGCGACGAUGCAUUUAUACUGCUGGUUCUGCCUCUUCCAGUCUGGCUGUCGUUCCUGACAAGAUCCAGUAAUGAGUCACCGACUUGUGUCUUGGUGACCCGGGAUCCAGCUGUGAGCUACCUUUAUUGCUUACUCGCACAAGCACACAGCGAGGAUGGCUGGAGAGAGUGCGCCAGAAGGUCCAGACCUGAAGGAGAAGGGCGAGGAAGAACUGUGGGAACUCCUUAAUGACAAUCGCCAUCGGAUCUCCUUGGGCGUGCAGCCAUGCAUCGUGAUGCCAUACCUCAGACAAGCCAGGGUCCUCACUGAGAUGGAUGAGGACGAGAUCCUCUCCUCCCACAACCUGACCAACCGCUCCAUGAGAACAAGCCAUAUGAUGGAUAUACUUCGCACGCAGGGUACAAACGGUGCUGUGGCUUUGCUGGAAAGCCUCAUGAUCCACUACCCGACCCUGUACACUCAAGUCACUGGACACAAGCCCAGCACUGAACCAUCAAGAUUCAGUGGCCUGAUAAAGUAUUCAGACCUGACUGAGUACCUGAUCAGAGCAGUAACCGGGAUGCAGAAUGAGCUUCAGGAAGCCCGUUGUGAGGCUGGAAGAAUGAAUGCUCGCUGUGCCUCUUUGGAGUCUGAGAUCCAGCAGGUCAUGGAGCAUGAGGAGAAGUCCAGAAGCCUUCUGUCCGAGUAUAAGCGCAUACAGAGACACUUGUGUUCGCUGCAGCGCGAAGUCACCAACCUCAAGGACGAGAAGUGCGACUUGUACGUGCGCUACACGACAGCCAUUGAGGAGAAAUCGGCCAUGAAUAUGCGCCUCCAUGACCUCAACCUGCAGAUAUAUCAGCUUCAAACAGAACUGCAGAAGGCCCAGACGGAGAACGACUUCCAGAAACGCCGCUCUCUCAGAUGUGUCCCCCUUGCUGAGGCAUCUCAACUGCAAGAGGAAGUAAGGAGUCUGCGCUGCCAGCUGCUGAAGAUAGAAAAACUGAACCCAGCUCAUCAGGAUAUUCUGGCCCAGGACCUAGCCGAGGCCAUAGACAGCCAGAUGGAGCUUGCGGAGCAGCUCAAAUGUUACAGAGAAGAAAAUGAACAGUUGCACAGAGAGAAACAAAAACUUCUGGAUCAGAGCGAAUGUCUGACCCUCCAAGUGCAGCAGCUCACCCUGGACUGUAACAUGCACCAACAGAAGAGCACUGUGAUCCAGAACCAGAUGAGAGAACUGCAGACAGAGAGAGACCAGGCAUACCUCUCCAGAAACGAGGCUCAAACCCAGAUCGCCUCUAUCCUGGCUGAGAAGGACACCCUGAGGUCUCAGAUGAUGGCGCUCAAGGAAGCCUUUAGUUUGCAUGACAAAAGCCAUAAAGACUGGCAGAGCCCUGAUGAGAUAGAACUUGACUGGGAGUGCUCCAGGUCCAACUUUACGGACUCCUCGCUCCCAAGCAGACGCAGACUAUGCCGCAUGGACGCAAUCAACCCUUCAUCAUCAAGUCCCUUUAAUUCAGAGUGUGAAGACGUAAUGGCAAGUAGUAUUCGAUCCCGAAAUGCAGAACCUCCCAGUCCACAGUCUCUCCGCAGAAGAGAGGGAGCUCUUUAUGAAGAAGAGAACAGCCUGGAAACAUUGGAGACUGACGAUUUGUCACUGGACGACGACUUUGUGAUCCUCCCCAGCGUGUUGAAUGACGACAAAGACACAUCAUCACAGUUUGCGCUCGGUGGAACCAACAACAUGUACAGCCUGGACAAGAAUUCUGCACCUCCCUUCCUUGUCCGUUCCCGUCCAAAAGCGAUUCGCAUCAGCGGCCGCGUGGUCACCAUUUCCUUCCAGGGAGAUGCGCUGCUAACUCAGAUUGCAGUGGUAGGAGGUAAUAAGACCGGAGUGUUUGUUCAUCAAGUCACAGAAGGCAGUGCUGCACAUACUGUGGGAAUCAGCCAUGGAGCGCAAAUAGUGGAGGUGAAGUACCAACAGAACCAGAAAGCUCUACGGGUAGUCCUGGAGGACUCCACUUUAGAAGAAGCUAUGUGGGCGCUUGGCCAGGUCACUGAUCUGUGCCACCUAUGUCUUCGGCCCAGGCAACAUGACUAUGACAUCCUGCUUCAGCAAUUGCAAAAGAAUGAAAUGUCAUCAGGUGACUCCUUCUAUGUACGCAUCAACGUGACCAUCCCAGCAGGUCCGAAAGGGUCUCUGGCAGUAGCCUGCGACGACAUUCUGCAUGUGACCAACACGCGCCCUUCGGACACUGAUGGCUCAUGGUACGCCAGUCAAGUUCACCCCUGCCAGCUUCUGGCCCUCCAUAGUGGACUCGUACCCAACUAUUACAGAGCGCAGAGGCUUCUUAUUCGUGCCAUUGAAGAAAUGAACUUUCAAACCCGGAAGUCUCAAAAGGAAGGGCGCAUGGAGGCCCAGAACAGACAGAAAGCAGUGAGGAUCGUAAGCACGGGGCGGCAGGGCCGAAACCCUCUGUGGGUCAGCGUGGAGAAUGAAAAGACCAAGAGCACAGAAUCGGGUGACACAUCAGCAGCGAGAAGUUGCGUAACCCUCAUGCCCUAUACACUGGUCACCCCGCACUUCCCCCCCAUAUGCAGACCAGUCCUGUUGCUGCCCUCCAUUCUGGGACGCAUCCUGGAUAAGAAGGUAGCAGGCUGGCAGGGCUUCGAGCUCUGCGAACCGGAGAUGUUGAGCGCAAGUGAUCAUUCAGUCCGACUGCAGAAGUCCGAGCUCCUGGAGGAGUGUGAGCAGGGAAGAAACUGCUGUUAUACCCUGCAGUGUGUGGAGAAAGUCAUGAAGAAGGGUAUUCACUGUGUACUGCCACUUGGACUGGACUGUGUACGUCGUCUGCACAGGGCUGACAUCUUCCCUAUCAUAAUCUUCAUUAGUCAGUGUGUCAGCAGCGCACGUAGACUCAGGUCAAAGCUUCACCGUCAGAGCUGGUCGGAGGAGCAGCUGCUGGUGUGUUCAAAGAGCGAAGAGCCACUAUUGGACAAACUGCCAUGUUUGUUUCACAGGGUGGCUCCUGACUCGUGGUGUGACCAGGCGUCACUGCUGACCAGGUUACGCACUGUCAUCUGGGAGGAGCAGAAGAAGAUUGUAUGGGUGGAACCUGACCUGUGGUAAAAUGAAAAAGUGCGGGUCGCAGGGGCGGCAGUCUCAGUAGGGACGUCCAGACUUCCCGGUCUCCGGGGCCUCCUCCCGACUGGGCAUACCACAAGAUUCACCAAAAGCUAUAGUUAGGCAUGCACAUGUGUGGUCUCUGAGCGCCACAUUUUGCUUCCUGUUUGUUAAGUAGCUUUUCAUCCAGUUCAGAACCACCCCCUUAAUUCCGUAGCGUUCGAAUUUGUUCAGAUAUUCUGGUUAAAUUGUAGCAUUUAUUUUGCUCAAUUGUUUUAAAAUCAUUUGCCCUCCAUGGACCCCCGUCAUGCAAUUUUUCCAAGGAAUAGAUGUGCGUAGAGCUGGGUUUUAAUUGUAGUUAAGGGGUUUUCAUGUUGAGAAGAAAUUUGUGAAACAACUGCGGUGUGACAAUACAAACAGUUGUUUGUCAGGAAUUGGUCAAUAAAAAACGAAUUUACUGUUAAACGCGGAAGGUCACGGAAAUUGACAUAAUGUGAAUGAAAUGCUGUCACCGUGAGGAGAAGGAACGUUUGUGUGGGGAAGUAUUUCCCUGGCGGAGCGCUAAAUCAUGGCGGAAUCUCAUCACAAAUAAACCGCCCCUUCCUGAACUAAACACGUCAAAAUGGCGACCUAAAACACGUGAAUAUAGCGUGAAUCGAAGCUAGCAGGGUCAGCUUAAUUUAGCAGAGCAUACUAUUGCAACUGUGUGUGUGUCACUCAGGCUGGUUGAGUGCAUUUGGUCCGUGUUGUGUUUUACCUCUUUAAUGUAAGGAGCGUUUUCACAAUACCCGCUGACGAUGUGCAAGGUCUGAGUGAAAAAAGACGAGGCACGUUUAUUCUUGCAUGCAGCUCACCUUAACUGUACACAGACAUUCUCAACACACACAGAACACACUACCGGCCUCCAAAAUAAGAGCGCCGUUUGCCUUACAUCUUGUCUAAUUGUGUAAACAAAAUAAGGGUGUCAUAGAUAUCGUACAUUAAUAAUCCAGUUGGAAUUCCAUCGGUGACUACAUCUUCCUUAAUCAAAAGAACGGGCCUUGGUUCGACUUACUGCCGGAAAUGCGAAGCAGCUUUGGUUGUAAAAGGACCGAAUGAUGUUACCCAAGAGCACAGGGAAGGGACUCUCUUGGCCACUGUGGAUGACCCAGCAGGUAGGCAGUGAGCCAGCGAGCUAGGACCCCCAGUGGCUGUCCCAGCAACUCCGGAGUAGAACGAAGCUCAGCCCCAUAUCCGAUUCAGAUCUGAUUUUUAUCGUAUGAUUGAGCCCUGAUUCGAUGACAUUUAUUAACAUGGAAGAAGAAAACAAUUUAAUUAAAUUAGCAUCAACAUCAGCCACUGCCCUUGUCUUCACUGCUGCUUAUUUUGUCCCCUCAUUGACUGGCUUCUGCCUCAGCUUCCGUGUAUUCUGCCAGUGAUCGCAACACCUUCCAGAGACAUCCUUGGUAUUUGGGCAUCUCUGCCCACACACGGUGAAUGAUUGUGCUGACUUUGUGCACUCGCUCCAUCUCGCUCUGAAGAGUCACUUCAAGUGAAGCAGUGGAAGCUGGAGUGCCAUCCAUCAUUUCCUGAAUCUUCUUUGACUUCCUAUGGAAUUCUUCCUGGAAGCAAAAAAUGUAGAUAAGCGUCAGGAAGGAUGUCCAAAGAGACUAGAGCUGUGUCUCAAAUCUAAUACUUCCAUCAGUACACUUCAAUAAGUAUACUGUGUACACAAGGGGUGCCCAUUACAUUGAUAGCGAUCUCCCGGUCGAUGGCAAAGGUACAGUAGUGUGGGUCAAUUGCAUGUGUCACCCGCGUCAUCAACGUCACUUUGUAGAUGUCCUAUGACAUCAAUCCAGACAGUCCACAAAGCACAUGUUGGCCAGUCGGGCCAACUCCCAUGUACUCCAGUACCUUUGCAAGAGUGUAGAGCUGGGCCAGUGUUCUGUGACCAGGAUGAAAACCACAUUGCACCUCCAGGCUCGACUAACGGUCGUACACUUCUCUCCAGAACUCUGGAAUAGAUUUUCCCAAGGAAGCUGAGGAGUAUGAUCCCCUUAUAGUUGGAACACACCCUCUGUUCACACCCUUCUUGAAAGUAAUCCAGAGGUACUGUUCCUGACUUCCAAUGUUGAAGAGACGUGUCACCCAAGGCAGUCCCCCAACAUCCAGAGCUUUGAGGAAUUCAGGGCGAAACUCGUCCACCCCCCGGAGCUUUGCCACUGAGACGUUUUUUGACUACCUGAGAUACCUCAGCCGCAGUAAUGGACCAUGGUAAUGGAAAUACUAAUCAUUAGUAUUUAGUAUAGUAGAUUCAAAGUUUAUCAGUUAGAUUAUUUUUUAUAAUAAGAGGUAUUUUGACUUGUAACUUGCUGAAAAAAAUGCUGAAAAAGUGCGUGCCCCUGAUAUAUACGCACAAUGUACAUCGUCAUUAUGUAAAUAUGCUAAAUAUAUAUAUUCUCUAUAUUUAUACUAGGAGGUAGAUCUUUGGGACUUGGUCAUUUUAAAAGUAGCUGACAGGCUGAACAAGCGUAGACACCCCUGAAUGUACACUAGAGUAUGUACUUAGUUCAUGAGGGCAUACAUUUUGAUAAGUGAAGUGCUGUCCCAAAUGGAUCACUGUCGUUGCACACUUACGAUGCAAAUGACGCAUCUUCUUCUUUUACACACAGCCUGGUAUUCUUGAUUUGUGGUAAGAAUCUAUGAAUCUUAUAUUUUAUAAAUAUUUGGCCCUCACCUGCAACUUAUGUCAAAAAAUACUUCAUUUGAAAUGAAACUUUCCCAACAGUGGAAACAAUAACAACAAUGGACUCGGAUUUAGAACAUUACAAUACCAUAAGACUUACAUGGGCCUCCUGGAGUUCCCUGAUCUCCUGAGAAUACUCUUUCACCAGCUGAAAUAUACAUAAUCUACGUCAGCCAAUUGCACAACGGUUCUCAGCGCAUGUAUGCCUACAUUCAUCACCUUCUGUGUUUCCUUGAUCUUCCGUCGCAAGCCGUCAUUCAUGAGAUUUAGCUCGCCCUUGAUGAUUAGCUUUUUCGUACUGCGAGCUAGGAUCUCAUUGCGCUCGAUGAUGUUUCCUCUCCUUUCCACCACUGCUACGCUCUCCCUGAGGAGCUGCUCUUGCUUCUUUGUCAGGUGGUAGAGCCACCGCUGAAAUGAUAAAACACAUAUGCAGAAUAUCCCACUGGUAAUCAAAGGUUUAUUAGUAGUGAGAUAAUGCAUGAAAUAUGGCACUUUUGUUUCUACAAUAACCAGUCUCAAUCUUCAUAUUCCUCUUGGUCUGUAGCAGGUAACCUGGACCCUGGACUACCUGGGUAGUCCUGGGUUACACCAUUAUACACCAGUACAACCAGUACAACAGUAAUACACCAUUCUGCUGUAUUACUGCAACCUGGACUAACCAUAACCUGGAUUCUCCAAGCCGGGUAUAUGAGCUGAGAUACUCCUGCCUAGGCCUGUCACAAUAAUCAAUAAAUCAAUUAACCACUCGAUAAAUAAAAACAAAUUCCAUCAUUUUGCCGGGCUCGAUAUAUUGACAUGUGCAAGUGUGUUUGUUUUCCUCUCCUCUCUCUACAAAACAGGCUGGAUGACGAGGGUUCACUCUGUGAAUCUGUCUCAACACCCGGGCACAUUGGUUCUGUAGCUGAAUGAACAGAGUGGGUGAACCCUCCUAUCAGCCUUCUCCUGAAAGCGGUACCAGCGACAGUGCAGUUACUUUGAGGGUCAUGACACACAGACUACAGUGAUUUGAAGCCAUAGCCAUGUGAAAAUAUACGACAAACCCUGAGUAAACGGGGGAAAGUGUCGAAUACUUUCUUCCUGCCUGUUGACAGAGACAAAUAAAUAAAUAAUACAAAACAGUGGAACGUUUUGGCUGCCGUGAUUCCCGAGAUCCCCACACCUCAUUGUGCACCAAAUGCAUUUUGUUGCAUCCAAAACAUGUACUUUGACCAAACGUAAAAGUAAACAGCGUAUUCCACACACACUAUGUUGCUAAAAGUGAACCAAGGAAGUGUAUAUGCCAUUGACACAUUGGCAAAGUCCCACCACUCCUGCCACCCACGGAACAAAUGUUGCAGCAAGGUCUCCACCAACUGCCAUAGCCAAAAUCCUUGCUUCUUUCUUUUUAAUCUCCUAUGUGGAAUAAUUUGAGUGAGAAAAUGGUGACUCCAGUUGCACAAAAUCCUUGAAAUUUCCACAAAUGCAUUAAGGAGAACACAGUGUGCACACACAGCAGCAAGUCUUCCACAUCCGUAAAUGCGUGUCGCUUUUUUGCGCCUGCACGUGACUUCCCGGACGCUUUGCGUUCACAUUAACAUCACAAUUUUUUGCUAAUGUGAAUGACCACAUCAAAAAACUGGAAUCCAAAUUGAGCAUCAUGCCCUGCCGUGUGAACAUGUACAGUAUUUCUGGGUUAUUUCUCUAUUUUUUUUGCAAUAUUCAGACAAGAACAAAAGUGACACUCAUUCACAAUCAGAAAUAUUGU